CGUCACCGGAAGUAGACGACGGCGGUUGUGAGACGCUGUUUUGAACAACAUUGAGCGUUCGCUGCGGGAAAUUUAAGAUAAGAUCGCAUUUUUUAAGUUUAAAACACCAGUUUUAGCAUUAUGAAUUACAGAAAACGAGCUGCGUCGUACCCACGAGUUGUUAUAAAAACGAAUCGCAAUAUGAAUAUAAUGUAAACUGAUUAGCUAAUCGCCUUCAAGUGUAAACAACGUACGCAAAUCAGGCGACACAUAUUUCUGAAUGAUAGAUCAUGUUUAUAAUUGAUUUAUCAUGGACGACUCAGAUCAGGAUUUCACCGACCUCUGCUCUCGUCUCCUGAAACGAGUGAGAAGGAAAGGAGCAGGAGAUGAGAAGAAGCCAGCAUCCAGGGAUGAAGAGGCAUCCUCCUCCUCUCCAUGCAAAAAUCCCCCUAAGAGGAGAAAAAAGACUAUUAAGGGAAUUAAAACUGAAAUCAAGAGUAACACGACUCAGGUGGGUGAUAUUUCACAGCCCGCCCUUGUUGUACCAGGAACAGUAAAGGCGAAAGAUGCAGUGCUCCAGAGGAUGCAACAGUUUAAGAGAGCCAGUCCAGAGAAACUCCUGCAUGUGGACACCAACCAGCCCAUAACUACAGAACCUGAUGGAAACCUCCAGCACACAGAUGAUGUGAGCAGCGAUGAAGCUCUGGCUCUUCAGCUUCAGCAGGAGUUGGAUCGUGAGUCUCAAGCUGAUGAAGAUGGAGGCUUGUUCUUCUGCCAGCUUUGUCAGAAGGAUCUGACAGCCAUGAGUCCCCAGCUACGCACUCAACACAUUAACAGAUGUCUGGAUGCGGUUGAGGUCAGCGCUCCUUCUGCAUCCCAUCCUUCUCAUCCCCGACCGCAUGUCCCAGCAUGCCCCAUUUGUGGAAAGUGUUUUAAAUCUGAGAAGAGUCGGUCUGUUCAUCUAAAGCGAUGCUCGAGUGAUUUGGGUGUGUCGCCUAAUGAUCUGCUCCAGGCUUUGAGGAGGCAGGCUACAGAGACCGUGAGUGACGGCACCACUGACCACUCCCGACAAGUUUGUGUCACAAAGAGGAGGAACGGUGUGCCCACAAAAAAGAAAUCUAAAAGGAAAGGCCAGCAGAUAGACGAGGACACCAUGGUGGCGAUGGCUCUGUCUCGCUCUCUACUUGAGCAGGAGAGAGAAAAGCAGCGAGAGAUGGAGGAGGAGAGAGAGAUACAGGCUCAACUAUCAAGUCCUCCUCCAAAGGUGGCUCCUUUGCUACAGUGGAGACCGGCAGCCGGAAAGGGACGUGGAAAGAGAAGAAAGGGUGCGUUUCCGGCACAGCCACCCCUGCUUCUCAUACAGGACCCUCAGACAGCCCUGAACCGUCUACAGGAGCGCGUCUCCUCUCUUCUGCUCACUUCGAGACCUCCCUCUCCGCCAACACCCACCUUAUCCCCAUCCGCCCUCCCUGUCAGUUCUCACGCUCCCCUUUGGCUCAAAAGCACACUGCACGGUGGAGGACCAGACUCGGGUUUAGAGUUUUACACUUCUGAACUCAGCAACUUUAUACAGCCAUUAAUCGCACCGGAGAGGGAAAAGCUAAAGUCUGUUGAAGUCACUCCAGUAAAGGAACUUCCAUCAUCAUCCUUAGAAACCGGACAGAAAAAGUGUACGGGUCAGAGCCCGGCGCAGCACCGGUCAGCUCCGUCUCCUUUCACGACAAGUUCGGGUACACCAGGCACCCAAGCCCUGCAGGACCUGAUGGAGCUGGCGGAGGAGGGCAUGACACUCACCCAGUAUGGAUACACCGUGCACACAGCCGCAGAUAAGGAGGAUCCGGCGAAUGAACUUCCUUCAAGCGGUUUUGUUCCAGAGACAAAUCACAUCAAGACCACCUCAGUGUCUGUUUCAAAGCUCGCAUCAGAUCUGAGCAGUAUGGUGAACAACCCGCAGCUGAGCGAUGUACAGUUACAGGUGGACAGUGGAGAUGUCUUCUUCACUCACUCCUUUAUGCUGUACACACGAUGCCCCCUGCUGGCCAAUAUGGUUCAUGACUCUGGUUUUGGAGUUGAGGAGGAGGGUAUGCCUGCUGCUCAGAGGGUGUUGUUGGGUGACGUACCCGGCGCGGCAGUGUUGGCCCUCUUGCAAUACCUUUACACUGCUCACUGUCCUCUCACAUACACACUGCUGCCACAUGUACAACAGUUUGCUAAUAGGUUUUGUUUGCCUGAGCUGCAGCAUCAAUGUGAGGAUUACUCUGGACGCAGCGAAGAAGACCCAAAAGACUCAGACGGCAUGUUUCCAGCUCAGGAGCCUCAUCUCAAAGACCAAGAAGACCAGAACCUAGCAGAGAGCAACUUCUUGGAGCUUCUCCAGUCAAUGUGGCAACAUGAGGACAGUGAAGGAGAGGAUGAAUUUAAGGAAAAUUCAAGAGGCGUGCAAGAGGAAGCUGUCGGAGAGUUUAAGGAUGAGAGGGUGGACGAGGAGGAACUCGAUGAGAUCUACGAGUUUGCCGCAACCCAGAAGAAGAUGGAAACUGCGACAGAGACAGAAGACGACGAGGCAGAUGCGAACAAACCCAUCGGUAAUGAAAAGAAUAAGACAUUAUCUGAGAGGUCCGUCACCAGUUUACAUAGUAACGAGCAAGGCGUGGAUGGGACAGAGGCUGCCAUGGUAACAAGUCCUGCGGAGAUUCAUCAAAUCCCGAAUCCAGACACUGGAAGACCUGAAGUUUCUUUGCUUUCAGAAUCAAAUGCUCAUGGAAACACAAAUCUAGACAAGAGUUAUGACCGUUUGUUUUCCCAAUCUGUGGGGGAAUACACAGAACCAACAAAGACCCCAACAUCCCUCCAGCAACAACAUUACAAGUCAUCACUACAGCCAAACACACCUUUAUUUCGCCCCUCGUGUGUUAGUGAGGUCAUUGACUUGUCUAUAAGCCCUCCACCAAGCUCAGAUGUGUCAGGUGUAUCUUCUUUCCCUGUACCUGGUGUGUCUCCUGUUCCAGAUGAUGGUGAAGAUGCAGGCCAACCAGGAAACCAAAAUACAGAAAACCCCCCAGAAUCACACAGCAAACAAGUUGAACUCAUUGUACUGUCUGAUUCUGAUGAAGAAAUGGUGGUCGACCACAUUGCUGCUAUCAUUAAACCCGAGGAGGAUGGUGUGACCCCUCAGUCCCCCACUAAAUCUCUUUCAGAGUCCAAAAGAAAGGGUACACAAAACAGUUUCACAUCUGCAUCCCAAGGCCAUACUGGCAAGGUGAUUGACACAGAAGCUGACCAAUCAGAGCACACAGGCGUUUCCAACGAAAGUGCAUUCGAUGGCUCUGCCGAAGUUUCCUGGCUCAUUCCGGCCACCCCAGUACAAGUACGCAGCAGCUCCGCUCAAACCUGCGUCAGUAUGCGCCGAACCCAGCUCUUCCCCAAAUCUUGCUCUUCAUCGUCAUCUUCAUCAUCUUCUUCCGCCAUUGACCGCUCAAAACCCUCUGCUCACUUGUCUUCCUCAAGCAUCCCAGAGCCCAAGCAAGAUCAGAGUCCUGCUUUAGGUUACCAAACACCCCUUCACAAUCUCAGACUGUCUCAAAUCACAUCCAAACUUCCAUCCGAUGGCUCCCACACUGGUAUUAUCAUUGGAUCAUGUGUCCCACAACCCUCAAGUAGCACCCCACUUCAUUUAGACUCUUCUCUACAAAGGAACAUCCCAUUCGGUUCCCCUUUGGACUGUAAAGUUAACAGUAACUUCUCUCUGAGCCAGGUGAAAGAAGGCCUGCUGUCUCUCCAACUCAGUCAUUCGGAAAGUUCUCCAUCUCCUUCUAAAACACCGGAGAAGAAACAAAAUAUUGGCGCGUCCUCAGACUCUCCGAGUUAUGAUCCGGGCAAGUCAAGAGAGAACCGGGAUGAAGAGUUAAAAACAAUGGAAGUAAUAAGUUCUCCUGAAACACCAGAGAAGAAACAAAAUAUUGGUGGGUCCCUAGACUCUCCGAGUUAUGAUCCCGACAGGUCAAGGCCGAACCGGGAUGAAGAGUUAAAAACAAUGGAAGUAAUCGAUAAGGACCAAAACCAAGAUGUUGUAGGAGUGUUAGGUGUUGCCCAAGCUAGUUUUUGCGAUUUGGAUGAGCCUCCCAUAGCGUUCGAUGACUCGUGGGGUUUAGAUGGAGUGCUGGAAAGCCAAAAGCCUUGCUUUAGUCUAAAACUCGACAGCAGUGAUGGUACAGCGAGUCCACCGAGUACAAAGCACACGGCAAGCCUACCCAUCACACCUCCUCUGGCUACUGGAGCUCAUACCGAAACCCCAGAGCCGUCACCGGCAGGUCAAUUUAAUCAAAGCUUACCUGACCCUGACAUGUGGGAUGACUGGGAGGAGAAUGAGGAACCACCACUUCCUCUUUCACAGAGAUUAGCGCCUCCCUCUGCAAAGAGAGUCGCUGAACUCAAAACACCAGUGGCUUGUCGAAAUAAAAAUAAAGGACCUUUGGUACCCAUCACUCCUAUGCCAGGCUUCUCCGAUAUGGACACACCUGAGCUGAAAAACAAACUCAACAGGUUUGGUGUGCGUCCGCUGCCUAAAAAGCAGAUGGUUCUGAAGCUGAAGGAGAUCCAUCAGUACACCCACCAGCUGCAGAGCUCAGAAUCCGAGGAGGAGACGUCUCCUCUCCGACACUUCCCGUGUACCUCCAAAUCCGUUCAACUCUUUAAGCAGCCUACAGCACCCCCUGCCGCCUCUCCAGUUAAACUGCAACCAAAUGAUGUAGAUGAUCAUUUAUCAUCCUCGCAGAACUCCACCACUUCUUCAAAUGCAGACUCGGACAGGUCAAAUCCAGAGCUGUGCGCGUCUGAAGACGAUGACUCUGAUUCUGAAGGCAUCACAGCGUCUCAGGCUGUCGUGCGUGAGAAGGACAAAAUCCUCGCCGUUCGACAGUUUAUCAUGUCUGAUCCAAAACUGUACAAACGGGUGCUGCAGUACCAGCCUCUACCUCUGGGAGAGCUGCAGGCCAGUUUGAAAGCAGCGGGCAUCAGGUUGGGUGCCGGCAAGCUACUAGACUUCUUGGACUCGCAGUGUAUUACGUUCAGCACGGCCAAACAGGGUCAAAGCACCACUUCACGAAGGAAACAGAGACGUAAAGCAGCGACCAAUGGUCAUGCUGGUACAGCUGGAAGGGGAAGGAAGAAAACAGCCAAGCCACAUGGAGUAGCAUGAGGGAAAUGAAGUACAGGUAAAACAUGAGCUGAAAGCAGGUUGUAUGUAUGCGAUUGAAUAAAUUCUGCUGUAAACAUACAGUAUGAUUGAAUGCAUCACGUUCAUUUAGGGAUGGCAACCUUUUGAAAGGAUUCAGACGCAUUUGUGUUAUUUUUUAAUUUGUGUUUGUAUAAUUUAUAUGAUGUUUGACAUGAAAAUAUAUUUGAUUUAUUGAAA